AUGGAUGAAAACACACAAUCAUGGGUAGAUCUUAUUAUUAAACGUAGUGGAAACUGUAAGUUCAAAUCACGCACAUGUUGUAUCUACAAUAUUAAAUCAAUUAGUCCUGAUAAUAUUCAAGAUCAGUUAUGUCCUUGUGGUCGUAUGAUUCGUCUUCAUAGUUCAACUGGUGAUUCUCUAGAAACUGCGGAGGCAAAGAGAGGAAAUACUAAAUUCAAACAUCCAAAUGAAUUUCUCGAAGGUAACAAACAUUCUGUUGCAGUACCUGUCAAUGUUUUUGGAACAUUGCAACCAAGCGGUUGUAAAUAUCUUCGACUAGAUGUUCGAUUACCAAUGAAAGAUUUAUUUCAAUUAAUUCUCGAAGAUUGUGGAGGUCAGAAACCAGCUCUCAUAUUAAGUGUUUAUGGUGGGGCUAAAUAUUUUACAAUGACAGAGCAACUUGAAAAAGAAUUUAUAAGAGGUGUUAUUGAUGCUGCUACUAUGGCCAAUGCAUGGAUUCUUACUACUGGUAUCAAUAAUGGUGUAUCCAAAUUGGUUGGUGAAGGCAUUUCACAUUAUUCUCUUUUACGAGAAUAUCCAAAUAAAGUGAAAUGUAUUGGAAUGACCAUGUGGGGUACAAUAAAUGAAAAUACACGUCUUGAACUUAAAAGUGCAUCAUGUAUAAAUCCACCACUAAAAUGUGAACGACAGAUUCCAAAAGAUGUUGGAGAAGAUAGAGAAGCAAUUGAGCGGAAUCAUACACAUUGUAUUUUAUUCGAUAGUGGUAAAUUGCACGACUAUCUCAGUGAUUCACAGCGUCAUCAUUUUGUUACGGAAGCCUGUAAAGAUACAGAUAAUGGUCACACAUGUUAUGCCGUAACAAUCAUUGUCGAAGGAGGUGUGCAUAGCCUUGAAGUUCUUAGACAUGAUAUUGAAGGAAAACGACCUAUUGUUUUGAUUCAAGGUAGUGGCCGUUUAGCCGAUGUACUCGCUAUGCUCAUUGAACAGACAUCAAAUUCUGAUCGAAAUCAAUAUUGGAAACCAAGUUCAGAAGAAAUUGAACAAGCUCUUGAGCGAUUUUAUCCUAAUCUCAAUUUUUCAGAGGUUUCUUCAGCAGUAAAACAAAUUCAGAAAAUUUUGACACAAGAAAACCGUCAUCUAUUACAUGUUUUCUCUUUGCAUCGUGAUAAAAAUGUAGCUGAAACGAUUUUCAAGGCUAUAUUUACAGUUACACAAAAGAAAACUGAAUUAGAAUAUAAUCAGAAAGACAAAAAUGAAUCAUUGGAGCAAGAACAACAACGUCGUACAGGUGAAGAUAAACUAGUAGAUUUGGCACUUGAAUGGAAUUAUUUUGAUGGCGUUUUACCAAUAUUACAAGCACGACAAAAUGAACGUAUCAACAAUAAAAAAGACUUCAUUCAGGUAAACACGUGUUAA